AACCACACACAGUAUUAAGAAUCAAUGGUUCACAAACUUUUGAACUGGGUCAUUUUAAUAAAUUCAGCUAUUUUUUUGUCUUAUGGAUUAUAUGUAAACAUCUUUUAUGUAAAAUAUCUUACUCAGGACAGUACUAAAUAAAAAAUAACAUGCAUUUUGUAUGAUCUCUCUUAUUUUGUUAAAAUUUUGCACAUUUUCACAGAUUCUGCAAGUGGUUCACAUACUUUUUCUUGCAACUGUAUGUUUUGUCUGUUUUUAUAUUGUUUGUCAACACACAUUACAUAUUAUGUAUCUGCAUCCACUAAUCUUCCAUCCAUACUGACUAGUGCUGGCUGUUUGACAUAACUAUUUUGAGCAAUAGGAUUAUAUAAAAUACAUAAUAUAAAAUUAAAUUAUAUAAGUGGCCUAUAUAAAAUUACAAAAUAAACAUUCAUCAAUUAGUACUUUUUUACUUAAGUACAUUAAAAAUCAAGUACUUUUGUACUUUCACUCAAGUAAAAUUGAAAAAGAGCACUAAAUACUAUCACUUGAGUAAUAUUUUAUAAUACAUAUCUGUACUUUUACUCAAGUAAUUGAUUUGUGUACUUCGUCCACCACUGAUAAAGAGCAUGUGAUUUGUUUUUCACCCUCGCAAGUGGACGUGUGUCGUGGGUUUAACCCUUUAGCCGUACCGAUGCGCCGCCCUCUGAUGAACAUGAUAAACUCGGUUGUGUUGUAUUCUCCCGCGACGUCACAGCUCCAGAGCCGUUACAGAUUCAGCACAGCACGCCGCUAUUCUGAACCUUUACGAACGAUUUUAUUAUAAUCCAGGCUUAAAUGGAGAAGCAGGUUGUGGAUGGGUUGAGGGAGGCCUUCCAGUCGGGCAAAUCCAGACCCCUGCAGUACAGAAAACAGCAGCUCAGAGCUCUGCACCGGCUCAUCACUGAACGCCAAGCAGACAUUGACCAAGCUCUAAAACAAGACCUCAACAGGAAUACGUAUAAUAAUUCACUUUUUGAGCUGAUCGGCAUUGAGAAUGACAUCAAGUUGGCGGAGAGUGAACUGGCGGACUGGGCAGCUCCACGGCCUGUGAAGAAGAAUCUCAACAGUGCACUUGAUGAUGUUUACAUAAAGCCUGAACCUUUGGGUGUUGUGCUGAUAAUUGGAACCUGGAACUACCCUUGGGCCAUGAUCCUGCAGCCCCUCGUUGGAGCCAUUGCAGCUGGCAAUGCAGCUGUGCUGAAGCCAUCAGAGCUGAGUGAGCACUCUGCUAGACUUAUGAAAGAACUCCUUCCUCUCUAUCUGGAUAAGGGGAUGUAUCAAGUGGUGACAGGAGGGGUUCCAGAGACCCAGGAGCUGCUGAAGCAGCGUUUCGACCACAUCUUCUACACUGGGAGCAGCACUGUGGGAAAACUGGUUAUGGAAGCAGCUGCUCAUCAUCUCACACCAGUGACUUUAGAACUGGGUGGGAAAAGCCCUUGUUAUAUUGACAAGAACUGUGACAUUGCUGUGGCAUGCCGACGAAUAACCUGGGGGAAGUUUGUAAACUGUGGCCAGACAUGCAUUGCACCUGACUACAUUUUGUGUGAGCCAAGCAUCCAGGAUAGGAUAGUUGAAGAGAUUCAAAAAACACUGCAGGAGUUCUACCAAAAAGACCCUAAAAGCUCUCCAGAUUAUUGCCGAAUCAUUAACACACGUCACUUCGACAGAGUAUUAGCUCUGAUGAAUGAAUGUACAAUUGCUCUUGGAGGAGAGAGUGAUCGCUCACAGUGUUACAUAGCUCCUACAGUUCUGAGAGAUGUUUUGCCCCAUUUCAAAAUCAUGCAAGAAGAAAUCUUUGGACCGCUGCUGCCCAUUGUCACUGUUAAUGACUUGAGUGAGGCCAUAAAUUUUAUCAACACAAGGGAAAAGCCUUUGGCGCUCUAUGUGUUUUCCUCUGAUAAACGGGUGAUCAAGCGUAUGUUAACUGAAACCACCAGUGGAGGAGUGACUGUUAAUGAUGUCUUGAUGCAUUACACUGUCGAUACCUUACCUUUUGGAGGUGUUGGUAAGCGAACCAAUAAGAAAUCACUCAAGACAAAUAAUAAUGCCAAAAUAAUGGAAACAGUGGAAUGGGCAGAUAUCAUGGGAGACACACAUUUGACCAGCUGAGUCACCAUCGUGCCUGUCUCAUCAAGUCUUUUGCUAUGGAGAGUUUUAAUGACGCCCGUUACCCUCCACUAACAGCAGCCCGACUGCGCAAAGCCAAGUUUUUCUUGCAUCAUCGCUUGUGCAGCUGUAGCGGUGUGUGUGUGUGGGCCGUCAUCGCCACCAUAUUGGCAAUUGGUCUGCUUGUUGGCUUAAUAGUUGUGCUGAUUUAGAAGACUCCAGUUUGAAGCAACAGAUCCCUCUGCAUACACUGCUGUUUACUUUGACACUGUUUAGAAUCUUUUUGAUAUCAUAUAGAAUACUUUUAUCAUUCUGAUACAAAAUGUUUAGCAUGUGCAUUUACUUACUAACUGAUUAAGAUAAACAUUUUUAAAUAUUCUAAAACACAAACUACAUUUUAAUCUUCUAAUAGUAAUAAGGUUUGUCUAAAUGGCCUUUUCUACUUAUGUAGAGAAUUUGUGCUGCUGAAUUGUGCAGAAUCUGCACAUUUGGAUCUUCUAAAUGGACAAGUUAGCACUAUUUCUGUCAUGUAGCAGUACAAUGCUUGCAUUGUUCUUGUUGUUCUCCAGCUUAUCUUCUUUAUGCAGUGGACUUUAUGGAGAGCUUUAGGACAUGAGCUUUCAUGUACAUUUAUGUUAAUAAGCCUUUGUUCAUUUAUAAUGAUGUCAACAAAGAAAAGAUUGUUUAUUUGCACCUUAACAAAAAUGUUGAUCGAAAGUGAUUUAGUGAUGUUGCAAAGUUGUUUUCUAAAUGCUUUAUUAUAGUCUUGGAACAAAUGUAACAGGCUUCUAAAUUCCUGAACUGUAGUGAAUUCCUUUGAUUGUAUUAGUUAUAAUAUUAUAGUCUAAAACAAUGAAUAUCAAAAUCUACCAUAAUAGUAGAUGGCAGAGAUCUCUGAUUAAUAUAAUAUAGAGAAUGUCCAAUUAUUUAAAAUUUAUUAAAUUAGAGCAUUUAAUGUUAUUAUAUCUUGUGGAUUUAUGAUUAAUUAAUUAUUUAUGUAUUUGAUGUUGAUUUAAUUUUAUAGAUAACAGUUAUAAUAGUUCAGAUUACAUUCAACAGCCUGAUACAUUUCCUUCAAUAUUCAGCAGAUGGCGCUCUCUUACAGUUUAAAAUCGCUUAUAAAACAAGAGGAUGACUGCAUCUUUACAACUGAAAGAUGUUGGGUUAAUUAAAUCAGCAAUUCAAAGCCGUUUUCAUCAGUCUAAUUAUUAGUCGUAGUGCUGCUCCACAUGCUUCUUCCUUAAGGCAAUCAGUCAUAAUGAACAUGUUACCGAUAGCAAAGUGUCAAACACUUCUCAACCAAUAAAGUGGAUUACACUUUC